GGGAGGAGCUGUUGGACUGCUUUUCCUGGCACGCUGUUAAGCAAAACAUGCCCGAGGCUGUCUCAGCAGCCGGGCAGAUCGUUUUUCUCCUCUGAUUAGCGCUGCUCGUGUCGAGCGCUUUCUCCUCACCGAGCCGGUCCACGUCGCUGCCGUCACGCGGAGGCUAGUUGUGAAUUUGUGCGCGCCGUGCUUAUAUUGCAACGAUGACUUCAAAGCCUGUCCUCUACUCCUACUUCAGGAGCUCUUGCGCCUACAGGGUUCGCAUCGCCCUGGCAUGGAAAAACGUCGACUACGAGUACAAGGCUGUCAACCUUAUCAAGGAUGGCGGGGAACAGCACGCUGCCGAGUACGUCAAAGUGAACCCAAUGGAGCAAGUGCCGGCCCUGGAACAUAAUGGCGAGACAUUCACACAAUCUCUGGCCAUCAUUGAGUACCUAGAGGAAAAAUACCCUGAGCCAAGAUUGCUGCCGAAAGAGCCGGCACAACGGGCUAAGGUGCGAGCCGUUGCGGAAUUAAUUGCAUCCGGGAUUCAGCCACUGCAGAAUCUGAAUGUUCUGCAACGACUGGAUGAGUCCAAAAGAAGCGAGUGGGCCGUUCACUUUAUUACCAAAGGCUUCAAGGCUCUCGAGGCCACAGUCUCCAAGACAGCCGGCAAGUACUGUGUUGGAGAUGAAGUGACCAUUGCAGAUGCCUGCUUGGUGCCUCAAGUGUACAAUGCGAACAGGUUCAAAAUUGACAUGAGCCAAUUCCCCACGCUGUCCCGAGUCAGCACUGCUCUGGAGAGCUUGCCUGCCUUCAAGGCUGCCCAUCCCUCUUGUCAACCAGACACACCUCCGGAACUGCGGGAAGCGAAAUGAAUGUAAACACAUUUUAAAGGGCUCCUCACCAGGUAUGGGCAUUGCGGUACAUAGAUCGUGCAGUGACAAUCAUGUUUACAAAGUAUUACACUGACGUAAGUCAUGUAAAGCAGCUACAAAUUCAAAGCGUGUUGUUGGGUUUAUCAUGUGUGCAAAUGACACCAGAGAACACAAGGGACAAUCAUCACUGCUAGCCGGCCUAGUUGGAAUUGAUUCGUCGUGAAACAUUGCUUUAAGCAAACGGGGACGCAGGAAGAAGACACAAGGACCGCAGCCGUGGCCUAGUGGUAGAGCGCCCGCCUCGGCUGCGGGUUCCCACCACCAUCACCACCACCGCCGGGCACCCACUGGUUCAAAUGGGCACAAGCGUACCCCGGCCUGGCGUUCGGCUUCCUCAGGGGUAAGGAAUAUUUACUAUGAACUUUUGAAAAAAUUGGAAAAGGAGCCUGCGCCUUAAAUUCCUGUCGAAACCCUCCUGAGCACAAAAACAAGUGAUGUUCGGGCCGCUCCCAUGGUGGCCAUUUCCCAUGUGGGGCCCCAAGCACCUAUUGAGGUGGGGAGACCUUCGGAUUGAGGACAAACACCCAUUUCCAAGCGUUGAGGUCCCAUAAUGGCCGUGCACCAAGCCAGGAGCGCGCUUGUACCUAUUUUACUGGUAGGUACCCGGAGGCAGCACUUGCUUCCCACAGCCGCAGCUCUUCAACAAGGCCGUCUGUGGUUGGACAAGAGGCGCUCGGAGACAACUCCUGAAAUCUCUAUUCAGGCCUCUUUCGAGGUGCGAGCCCCCCCCUCGUUAGCCGAGCACCAGGCCAGGGAACAUCUCAACCCAUUAGAAAAACGCCAGUGGGUUCCCGGCGGCACCGGGAUUUGAACUCGGUACCUCCCACAUACGAGGCGGAUGCUCUACCGCUAGGCCACCGCUGCGGUACACAAAGAUGAGCACAAUGUUUCACAACAAGUGACAAGCAGUGAGAUCAAGACGAUCACCUAGUUAUCGUCUCAGUCCCCUUGUUCACCUCCUGUGUUCUCUGGCGCCAUUUACAGCCUGAAAAUUCGAAAAAAAGCCUGCACGCUGUUCAUCUCAAAUGAACCACUUGGCCGGUCUGCCAGUGAGAUGCUGUCACAUGCUUGGUGCUUGAAAUGCACCAAUAGCAGUGCAAUUAACUCGAAACCCCUGUGAAAUGUGCAACACAAAACCACCUCUGUAAGUGCACCGCUCUGCAAAAACAGAAGGAAGAUAAAAAAUAAUUGGUAGGUGGAUGUGGAUGCGGAGCUGGUGACAGAAAAAAAAAAGGAAGUCUGCCCUUGACUCCGAAAUGGACGAAGGUAGGAGAGGAAUAUCACUUGCGGGCUCAGGUAAGGGGAGGAGAGGCUCUGCAGUGGGGAGAGCAGCUUGCCCCCUCACACCAUUCUUUUUGUAGCGGUUCUCCACCUUCUCCAUUUCAUUUGUUUCUAUUUUUCCGUCUACUUCUGAACCCUCUAGAUUCUCGUGGUAGAUUACUCCAUGGGUGGCACAUUACAUCCUAUAGUUCAUAACCAAAAUUUACGACAAUGCCUGGUGUGGGACCCCAUUAAACAUUUGAACAUGCCUUACCACCGUAUUUAGAAACGCAUCUUAACUGAAGGCCCAUGCUUGACUUGAUCUAACGUGCCCAAGACACUCAUUGCAUUUCCUUCGGCGCAUUCACAACAGGGGCGAUGUCAAGUACGGGCUUCAAGUUAAGAUGCAUUUCUGAAUACAGGGAAUAAUCCUGGAACUUGUGUGUCUAAUUGCAAGAAUCUACACUUGUUUUUAUAUAAAUGAAGUUUUCUACUUUUUGUAAGCCUUUCAUACAAUAAAUAUAUUUUUUCGAUUG